AUGCAGAGAGCAGCCUCCCUUCGCGAGUGGUCAGAGAAGAGUACUGGUCUCUGGCUCAAGUUGAACAGCAUCCAGAACCAGUGGCGCCUCCUCGCUGGCCAGUAUGUCGGCCUACCUCUCGCUUUCCGCCGCGACAUGACCCUCGGCAAGUGGUCGGAGCGGUUCACUUGCGCCGCCGUCCUCCAGCAUAUCGCGGCCUACCCUGCCAUCCUCAGCGAUCCCAACGUCUACAAGAUGCAGCAACUAGCCGAGAUGAACGACCAGUUCCUGAGCGAUACCGAGACGUGCAUUGUCUCACGCGGCUGGUACGCCAUGCUGCACGAGGCCGCUUCUACCAUGCGCCACUGGCAGGACAUCUCAGACAACGAGAUCAACCCUCAGCGCAUUGUAGCUCUCCUGGACCAGGGCGAAGCAGCCGUUCAAGCCAUGGAGGUGAUGCUGCAGACCUUACUCAGCACCUACUGCUCCGCUGAAGCCACACCUCGACCAGACCGCAUGAUGACGCGUGCCUGGAACACGAUGUGCAGCGACAUUCGCUGGGGCGCAGCAUUGGAGAAGGCUGCUGCCAAGUUCACCUGGGAGGUGCAGACAACCUCUCAGCCUCCAAGCAACGGCGGCAGGCGAGUCUGGGUAAACUAUGAGGUAGCUCUGCCUCCCGAAGCGGCUUCGGAGGGAACGACCCUUUUGCAGAGCGCAGCGGUCACCCGCCAGCUUCUCAUUCUUCUCCGCAGCACUCACGCAACACAACGUCGCCGACUAGACCAUCAGUAUGGCAGACAUACAACGAGCAAUGGGAGAGCCCACCUGCGACGUCGAACGAGUUUCCCCACCCAUCGAACAACUUCACGCUGGCGACUCUCGCAACCCGUGGCUCCUCAGACCUUCACACCGCAGUCAAACGGAACGCGGCUGAUUUCUUCGCAGGCCACCUUAACUUGGAACACAGCAUUGCCUCCAAUGGAGAUUUCACGAUCAAUGCUGGGCAGGAAAGAAGCAACGUUGAGGCUGCGCGGCAGCACCUGA